GCGAAGCAUUCAAACCGAACAUGGCAGCUGGGAAAGAUGACAACGAAAACACGCUAAAUAAAAGAGUUGCCGAGACCACAGCAAGGAUGCCUCCUGCAGACUCGGCUCCUCUCACUCCCCUCGUCUUUAACCCAGACUUCUUUGUGGAGAAGCUUCGUCACGAGAGUCCAGAUGUGUUUGUGGAGGUGGUCCUGAGUAAUGUGACACGCCUCAUAGAUUUGCCCGGGACAGAGUUCUCUCAGCUGCUCGGAGAGGACAGCCCCAAGACCCCAACAGGCUCCAACACAGGCUUCUUCAGAUCCUUCAACUUCCUCAAACGCAAAGAUAAAGGCGUUCUCUUUGGGACUCAGUUGAAUGAAACUUGCAUCGCUCAGAUCUACCAGCUCAUGGAAUACCUCAGCAAGAACCUGCAUGUGGAGGGUCUCUUCCGUGUCCCGGGGAACAGUGUGCGGCAGCAGACCCUCCGGGAGCUGCAGUCUGGGGCGGAGGUGGAUUGGAGCUCAGGAGACUUCCAUCCAAACGACGUGGCCUCUCUGCUCAAGAGUCUCCUGGGAGAGCUGCCUGAACCCUUGCUCACACACAGACACUUCCAUGCUCACCUCAAGAUUGCAGACAUAACCCUACUUGACGAACACGGGAACAAGACGGCUGUGCCGAAUAAAGAGCGUCAGAUCGAGUCCCUGCAGCUUCUGUUCCUGCUGCUGCCACCCACAAACCGCUCACUCCUGAAGUUACUGCUGGACCUGCUGUACCACACGGCCAAACUCCAGGACAAAAACAAGAUGUCCACCUUCAACUUGGCCCUGAUGUUCGCCCCACAUGUGCUCUGGCCAAAAAAUAUGAAUGCCAACGAUCUGAAGGACAACCUGAAGAAACUGAACACCAGCAUGGCCUUCCUCAUCAAACACUCACAGAAGCUCUUCAGGGCUCCUGGUUACCUCAGAGAUUUUGCCAAGCAAUACUUCAGUGGGACCAAUGUUCUACAGAGCAAGGAUGACCUGGAGCUUAUGUCCCUGAACGCCUCCCCGGUGCAGAGGAGAGCUGUGCCCCAAAAGAGGACUGCAACUGGUGCUUUAGUUCAGGACCACUGCCCCUCCCCUGCCUCCCAGUACACGGAGGACGCCCUCAAAGAACUUUUCAGACACGUCAAUAACAACAUGCCCGACUCCGCUAAGAAGAAGAAACUCGUCCGCCAGUUGGUGAAACAGACUGGAACCCCGACCUCUGAUUGUCUUCAGGUCUCUGCAGGUCCCAAAAAACAUCCACGAUCACGCUCCUUUGGUGGACUCAUCAAGCGUAAAAAUCGUGGUGACCAGCUGACUGCAGAGAGAAGACUUCGGCAUAUUUCUCCAGAGGUAGCUAUGAGAACAGGGAGAAAAACAGGAAAAGAAAAUGUUUUACUGCAGACUGUGAACAGUCCAAAUGGUCAUCUUAUUGGAAAGGCAGGGCUAAUCGUAAAACCCAGACUUUAAGGAAAAAGUUGUCAAGACUUCAAGGCCUUCUCCGCUGAUGCCCCACUCCUGUUUCUCUCCUCAGGAUGUCUCACUAUGAGCCCGCACUUGUCACUCUCUCUUUUUUUCUUAAUCUUUUCUUUUUAUUUUUAGUGAGUUUUAGCUGUGACUAACUGUUUGGAACUGAGAAACCAAACCAUGACUCAAGAACCUAUUUGACAUUUUGAGACUGUUGGUAUAGCUAUUAAUGCUACUAGAAAUGUAUCUUAAAUCCUAACCUUUAGACAUUUAAGGAACUCUGAAAGUAUAAUGCCUGAAAUGUUCCACAGUAUGCUAUAAAACAUUUUUUUUUUUUUUUAAAUCUGCUGAUUCAAAAGGAAAAAAAAAAAACUCGAAAAACAUGGAUUCUUACUGUGAGCACUUGGUUUGGUUACGCCACCUCCAUGGAGAUAGAUUUUUUUAUUAUUUAUUUUUAUACCAUACUGUGAAACAUUCCAGGAAAAGCAAUAACAUCUCCAUGCUGACGUGGCAAACCCUCCACCAGAAAGCGUACAUAAUCUACCUUUAAACCAAAAUUAGGCACAGUAAAGUUAUGUGCUUUGUAAAUUUGCUAUAUAAAAAAAUAAAGUAAUGUCGUAUUAUACAAACUAAUACCAAAACCAUCUUUCAGAAAAACACAAAAAAUAUAUAAAAUACAUUUAUGAAUUAAUUUAACUGGUGAUACACAAUAUGGUCCAAUCUAAUAUCACAAAUGUAUUAAUACACACAUUUUUCAUUUAGAGUCUUGACAUUUCGUUUGGUUUCUUUGUUUCAUAAAUGCUUUUAAACUUGUGUGUGUUGUGUUGCUGCUGUAAAUAAGUAACCACUAUCUUGCUGAGUCUGUAGUCUGGAGUAUUUAUACAUGUACAGAAUAAGCCUCUUUUAAUAUGAAUUUUAUAAUGUUUUUGUAACACUGGUAUGGUACAAAAUGAUGAAAUGAAAAGCAGGCAUAAUAUUGCUGCCUCCAAAAAAAAGUCUCUGCCCCUGCUCUGGGUGGCAGUGGGUCAGGGCUGGCCAUUGCCGCUUGCGGUUUUAAUUUUGUUUUAAUUUUGUUACUGGGACUGAAUUUGGUCAGUACAUGUUUGACCAUAUCUACGUUAAAUGUGAAUUAUUACUUGAGUUUGUGGAUUUUUGGGUGAUUUUAAGAAGCUGUGAGUCGUUGGUUACAGAAAGUUGGUAGAAGGUUGUUUUAUGUCUAGGUUUGUUGGAAAUGAUGGUCUUAAAAAACAGUGUCAAUAUUUAAGGGACAACUUUUUUAUAUAUAUAACACUGUCUAUAAUGAUGACUAUGUCAGCUAUAAAAACUUGAAUAGUGUUGAUUUUUCACUUAGUGACCUUGGCUUAUUUGUAAUAGAAACUUUAAGUAUUACAAUUUGCAUUUGCGAUUGUUUACAAAUCAGGAUUUUGUACGCCAACUAAUGUUAAAGGGGCCCAUAUUCUGCUAUUUUCUGAUCUAUGUUAUAAUGUUUCCUCAUCACAAACAUACCUGGAGUUGGAUUUUGUUUCAUUCCCACAUGUUUAAAUACAAACCCUGUAGUUCUUCUCUCAAACCAAAAACACUCUGUUCCACAUUGUGAUGUCAUGUGGUACAGGAAGUGCUUUUGUGGUUUUUAAACUCCAUACACCUUUCUUCUAGAAUCAUUUGCGUGAUUUCAGCCCUGGAAUUGCCUGUAAUGAUUGACUGAGUUUGAUUGAUUCUAGUUGUUGUUGUCUAGUAGUUGUAAUAGUAUUUUUUUUUUAAGACAAAAAGUAGUCAUAACUACCACUUAUCAUCACAAGGUGGAACAGAGCAUUUUAAGCUUUAGAGAUGAAAACCGACUAACAAUAUAGGAUGACUCAAAUGUAUGAAUGAAUCAAAACACAACUCUAGGGAUGUUUUUGAUGAGAUAACAACAUUAUAACAUGAUUUAAAGGUCACAAGAGUCAAUUUUGUAUAAUAUAGGACCUUUAACUUCUAAACAAAAACAGAAAUCACAUACAGUUGACAAUAGGUUUGCUGCAGGGACAGCAGUUUUAAUUCUAAAAUAACAUUGUUUGCAGAAGACAUUUUUGCAUGUUUGCAGUCUUAGUCUAAGAGAUCAUUUGUGUAGUCCUUGUUGAAGUUUUUACAUUUAAGUCUUAAUUUGCACAUUUCAAAGGUACAAAAAUAUACAUUUUACAGUAGUCAGUACGAUUGUUGUCUGGUUAUAAUCUGAUUUUUCCAGAGAACUGGCCAAAGUUUGCAGUUGGCCAACCAGAGUUAUUUAAGUCACAUAAUUUAAUCUUUAAAUAAUACAAUAUCAAGUCUGUAGACAUAAAAAUUGCAGGUUUGGGGCUUUUUAUAUAUGAUGAAAAUGUUGAAUGCAUUUUUAGACUUUGGGAUUUUCAGUUAGUUUUUUUUUUUUUUUUAAAGUGCAGAACUUCAACAGUUUUUGUAUCAGUUUCUGUGUAUGAAAUACUUUGAGGGUUUGAUGGUGCAGUGGACGUUGACAUGAGGGUUCUGUGAAUUGUAUAUGUGAGGCGUUUUACUUUAGGAAAGGUUUCUGAUGGGACUGGGCGAUAUGGCAAUAAAAAAAAAAAUCUAUUUUUCCCCUCCUUCGAUUGUCAGCGACGGGUGGAUUAACAAUCACAGUAAAGCCUAAACUCUCAGAAGAUGGCUUUAAUAUCCCUCCGUGGAAAGAGCUACGAACUACAUGAAUGUGAUAAAAAAAAAAAAAUUGCUACAUCGCCCAUCCCUAGGUUUUGAAUCAUUUUGAUGGGAAAACAUUUUAUUGUACCAGUGUCUUUUUUUUAAAUGAGUUUAUGAACAAAUUUUUCUCUUAAAUGUUUAUUUUAAUUACCUGAACUACUGUCUACUGUAUGUAAGUGGGUCAGAUUCAUUUGUAGCAUGAUACAAGAUUUAAAUGAUUCUUAGUCAUAUGUUACACCACAUUUCUUAAUAUUUUUAGGUGUUUUAAACAGUUAAUACUUAUUUUACACAUUUCCUCAAACUGAAGGGACUGUUACAAAGUUUAGUUUAUUUUUGUAUUUGUUGAUAAUAAUGACACUUAAGAGAACAGUCCGCUUUGGAUUAAAGCGAGUUUCUCAUUGCGUCUGUCUGUUUAUUUAUACUUGUAUGUAAGCAUUUUUGUUUAGUUUUCUUCACAUAUUAAAAUGGGCUGUAUCUAUUUUUUUUAGCAGUUAUUAGAGAAAAGUUGUAGUAUAUAGUUAAAUAUCUUAACC